ACAUAUCUCCAUCUCACCCGCGCGCCCACGCGCCUCCACCACGCCAUCCAUCGCAAUGGCCGCCGCCGCCGCGCUCCUCCUCCUCCUGUGCGCCGCGUCUCUCGCGUCCGCAGCCGCCGACGACGGGUUGACGACCUUCAAGGUGUACUUCCACGACGUCGUGGCGGGGACGAACCCGACGGCGGUGCGCAUCGCGCAGGCGGCGUCCUCCAACACGUCGUCCACCAACUUCGGCGCGGUGGUGGCCAUCGACGACCCGCUGACGACGGGUCCCACGCGCGCCGCGGGCACGGAGGUGGGCCGCGCCCAGGGCACCUACACGUUCGCGGACCAGCAGACGUUCGGCCUCCUCAUGGUCAUGAACUUCGUGUUCACGGCCGGCGAGCACAACGGCAGCACGCUCUCCAUCCUUGGCCGCAACGAGGUGCUCAGCGACGUCCGCGAGAUGAGCAUCGUCGGCGGCAGCGGCAAGUUCCGCAUGGCGCGCGGGUACGUGCAGGCGCACACCAUCGACUCCGGCGCCACCUCCGGGACCACCGUCGUCCAGUACACCGUCAACGUCAAGGCCUAGCUACCUGUUACGUACCCUUGCUUGCGACUCCGGGCCGUGGCUUCUCGUACGUCCAUCCAUAUCUCCGGCUGCUUUGUACACACCUUGUCUGUCGUCUUUGAGCGGGAUUCGGAUUUGCAGAGCCGAAUUUACUACUAAAGUUUCAAAAUUUCACAGAGUUGUAGGGUCGAGAAUUAAAUGUGUCGAAAACACGUUAGCGACCAUUCUUAUAUAGUUUUUGUUGG